GAAAGGCAGGAACCUAGGAAGAAACCUAGAGAGGAACCAGGCUCUGAGGGGUGGCCAGUCCUCUUCUGGCUGUGCUGGUGGAGAUUACAACAGUACAUGGCCAAGAUGUUCAAACGUUCAUAGACAAUAAUAAUAAUAAUAAUCACAGUGGUUGUCCAGGGUGCAACAGGUCAGCCAGCACCUUAUGAGUAAACGUCAGUUGGCUUUUCAUAGCCAAGCAUUCAGACUUAGAGACAGCAGGUGCGGGCAUCUUUCACUACAUUUUACGCUUUCAACGGACAAUCAUAGUUCGCAAAACGGUUAAAGCAAUAAUUUCACAAGUAAGAUAACUCUGACAGCAGAGAUAACAUCAUUUAAAAGCGCUCAAGCAUAGUGGUCACGCGGGGCCCCAACUCCGGGUGCUCUUGCGCAGUGUCCUGUAGAAUAACAGCUAGGCUACACGGCUGUGCACGUUAAGAUAGCCUACCAGCCUGACAUUUUCAUUCUGCGCAGUUCAUUUAUAGAAAACCUAGUCACAACGCCUGCUGAAUUUGGAUGUUGUGAUUUCUUGGGUGCAUUUAUUACGGUCUCACUCUGACUCUAUUCUCAAUCAGAUAUUAUUAGGGCGCUGUGUGAGUGAUGUGGGUUCCUCUCUAGGAAAACAGUUGCACCCGUCAGGCAGCAGGUAAGCAGGAUCGAGACGCAGGCAGCUGUCCCGUUAACUGGGCAGUCUGCAUCACGCGUACAGAUGCUCUUCUAGUAGCCUAUUUAUGUAAAUGAGCUAAACACACAUCUCAAGGAUAUGUUUACUGGAAAUAAGGCACUAGGUUACUGUCUUUUCACGUUUUAUGCCGCUAAACUCGCGUACCGGGACCGGCGCCAGGUUUAUUACCUUUGACAGCGUCACUGACUGCUGUCAUUCUCCACGGUUGAUGGAUCAAAUGCAGCAUAAACAAAGCAGCACAGAUCCAGCCAGACCUUCUGGACAACCUGGGAGGAAUACUUUUCCAGCACCUGCUCUACCCCGGCGACCAACAGCUCAGGACACCUCUAUCCCCAGUCCCACAGGGGGGUCUGGGAAACUCCCAGGACUGGCCUCAGGUGUACGUCAGAUGCCAGACCAGGUGAGGCUGGAGCAUGUACAACCUGGGUCCAGUCCUGCAGUUCCAGUCUAUUUCAGCCGUCCCAGACCUACUGCACUAAAUUCCUCCAGAGAUUCAGAGGCUGAUAUGAAGGAUAAGGCCUCUAUUCCAAACCGCAUUCCUGGACCACACAGCUCCAUCUCCCUGUCCCAGUCCCCUACAGAGUCUUCCCUGUUGUCCCACAGCCCUCAGAGUCCUCACAGCACUCAGCCUUACACCGGCCAGCCUUACCUCAGCCCCCAGCCUAACCUGCCUCAGCCCUGCCUCACCCCACCAUCCAGCCUCAGCCCCAAACCAGGCUCCAGUCCACAGUCCCAGAGGAGCAGCUCCCCUCUGGGCGCUAUGGAAAAUCAGCCACAGACUGAAGGAGAAACGGAUCAUGGUUUCAGGGUGCACAUUGUCACAUGGAAUGUGGGCUCUGCUGUUCCCCCUGAUGACGUCACAUCUCUGUUUGGGCCGCAUGCUGGCGAUGGGAGUACAGACAUGUUUAUCAUUGGGCUUCAGGAAAUGAAUUCUAUGAUCAACAAGCGGCUGAAGGACGCUCUCUUCCACGACCAGUGGAGUGAGCUUUGCAUGGACACACUCAGUCGCUUUGGAUAUGUGCUGGUGGCGUCCCAGCGUAUGCAGGGGGUUCUGUUGCUGGUGUUCUCUAAAUUCUGCCAUCUUCCAUUCCUGAGGGGGGUGCAGACAGAGAAAACACGCACAGGCCUCGGGGGCUACUGGGGUAAUAAAGGGGGUGUAAGUGCGAGGAUGACGAUGUUCGGCCACCCCGUGUGUUUCCUGAACUGUCACCUGCCGGCUCACAUGCGGAACCUGGAGCAGCGCAUGGAGGACUUUGAGAGCAUCCUGCAGCAACAGCAGUUUGAUGGCGCGACCGCCUCGGGUGUGCUGGACCACGACGUGGUGUUCUGGUUUGGGGAUCUUAAUUUCCGCAUCGAGAACUAUGACAUUCAUGUGGUGAAGAGUGCCAUUGACAGCAAUAAGCUCCCUUUGCUGUGGGAGCGAGACCAGCUCAACAUAGCUAAAAACAGUGAGUCCAUUUUAGAUGGCUUCUUGGAAGGCCCUCUUAAAUUCCCCCCCACAUAUAAGUUUGACGUGGGGACACACACAUACGACACCAGCAGUAAGAAGCGAAAGCCAGCAUGGACAGACCGUAUCUUGUGGCGUCUGCGUUGUACGGGCUCCCCUGUUCCUACCCACAAUGCCGCUCUGCAGCGUGGCCUAACCUCGUGGCUGGGUGGGGCAACCAAGGUGGUGCAACACUCCUACCGCAGUCACAUGGGCUACACCUGCAGUGACCACAAACCGGUCUCUGCUGUCUUCUCAUUACAUUUCCCAUUCAAAGUGGACCUUCCUCUUGUAACGUUAGAGUAUGAGAAGGAGUGGACUAAAGUUUCUGACGCUACAGUCAGAUUCACUGUGAGGUCCAACUUCCAGCGCAGCUCAUGGGACUGGGUUGCAAUAUACAAGGUUGGGUUCAAACAUCACAAGGACUAUGUAGCAUAUGUGUGGGCCAAGGCAGAUCAUGGGUCACAGGUGACAUUUACAGAGGAGGAUUUACCCAGGGAUGCAGGGGAAUACAUUUUGGGUUUCUAUAGCAACAACAUGAAUACUAUUAUCGGAGUGACAUUGCCCUUUCAGAUCCAUGUUCCUGUGCGCAGCCCGACAGCCCCACCAGUAUGCCGCUCGGACAGUUCUGACGUCAGCUCGGAGGAUGACAGCACACUGGUCCUGCUGGCCCCUGCUAGCUCCCGCAGCCCAAGCCCUGGAAAAAGCAAACACCACCAUCGCCACCGCCGCAGCCGCAGUCCUGCUCACUCCAACACCCCCAUGCCCUCCCUGCAGGGCCUCAGCCUGCACCCUCGUCCCCUAGAGGGCCUACCAAGCAACCGCUCGCCCUGCUCUGCGGCUAAGAAGGAGCGCCUGGUCUCUCCCCAGGACACACUGCCGUCGCCCAUCAGCCCACUCACGCCCCGCAGCCCUGUGUCACCCGGGGGUGGGGUCUCAGCCCCAGAGGCUCUGAUUGCUGCCAUCCUGGGGGAACACAGGCCAACUCAGGUCACCCCGACAGGGGGCAGGUCACCAGGCAAGACUGGAGAGACAAGUUUAUGAGAAGCCCAAGCAACAAUCUCUGUGGGGUCAUGAAUGUGCACAGACAUUAAGAUAAGACUGUUGAAAUGAGGCCAGUAAAGACUAUAUGAUGAUAGAGGGCUGAUAUGGUCUAUUAUUCUGAUGCUGAUCUGACCCCACACUGUCACUGCGCUCAUAAAAGCAGUGCAUUGUAUGACUUGUAGUUUGCAACAUUCCACAUGGUAGUGAACCAGUUGUCUCUGUUUCUUAAUCUACUUAUCAGUGACUUCAUCCCAUACAUACACUGUGUGUACUUUGGAGUCAGGAGCUAGUCCAAAUCGAUAACAGUCUAAGUCUUACCCCAAGAAGUGCUUUUGCAGACUCAUAUCAAUACUCUAUGUACACAAUAAAUGUAAAGCCAAAGCAAGAGUAAAUCUGCAAUGUACAGUACUGCUGUUGUUAUGGUAAGUUUAAAGGAUGUCUAUAUGCCCUACCCAUAUGGGCCGGAUCACUUGGUGUGGUAUGAUAUCCAUCUUUCCAUGCCCCUAAGCGCCAACUGAUAUUAUACCACUUCAACCGGUUUGUUUCUGAAUCUCCCCAUCUUGUGUAUAUGUGUGUAGAAUUGUACAUGUUUGAGAGAAAAAAACAUUCCUGUCUUAUUUUCAGAGUGAUAAGGAUUCCAAUGAUUUAGUGGUUUGUUUUGGUUGUGGACAUAUUGGUUGUGUGAGGAAAAUAAAAUGAUAAUCCUGA